GUCAAGCCUAGAAAUGAGAGCCCAAAGAUGCUGUGGAUUCAUCUGGAGAGGGCCAAAUGUGAACUGCGUUGACAGUACUGGAUACACUCCACUGCACCAUGCUGCUUUGAAUGGUCAUAAGGAUGUGGUGGAAGUUCUGCUGAGGAACGACGCGCUAACCAAUGUAGCAGACUGUAAAGGCUGUUACCCGCUUCACCUGGCAGCUUGGAAAGGAGAUGCAGACAUAGUGAAGCUCCUCAUCCACCAGGGACCUUCGCAUACUAAAGUGAAUGAGCAGAAUGCUCUUGAGAUCAAAGAACUCAAAAAGUACGGCCCCUUUGACCCAUAUAUCAAUGCCAAGAACAACGACAACGAGACGGCGCUGCACUGCGCCGCACAGUACGGCCACACGGAGGUGGUGAAGGUCCUUCUGGAGGAGCUGACCGACCCCACCAUGCGCAAUAACAAGUUUGAGACUCCUCUGGACCUGGCCGCGCUCUACGGGAGGCUGGAAGUUGUGAAGAUGCUCUUGAACGCUCACCCCAAUCUUUUAAGCUGCAACACUAAGAAGCACACUCCCCUGCACUUGGCAGCUAGGAAUGGUCACAAAACUGUAGUCCAUGUCCUCCUGGAUGCUGGCAUGGAUAGCAACUAUCAGACUGAAAAAGGCAGUGCUUUGCACGAAGCUGCUUUGUUUGGCAAGACAGAUGUGGUACAAAUAUUGCUGGCUGCAGGUAUUGAUGUCAACAUAAAGGACAACAGAGGCCUGACAGCUCUGGAUAUUGUGAGGGAACUGCCUUCUCAGAAAAGCCAACACAUAGCGGCUCUCAUUGAAGAUUACACAAUUGGGAAGAAAAGUGCCAAAGCUGCAGAGAAGAGUGUUCAAGCGCCGCUUGUUCCAGCCACUGAUCCCGUGUGCCAGAUAUCUCAGGGUGAUGUGGAGAAAGCAGUUACAGAACUGAUCAUAGAUUUUGAUGUGAACCCAGAAAAGGAGAGCCCCUAUGAAGCUUUAUACAAUGCAACAUCCUGCCACUCCCUGGACAGCCUUGCCAGUGGGAGAUCUUCAGAUCGAGAGUCUGUGAAUAAGGAAGCGGAAUCUACUGGUCUCAAAGCAGCGGGAGUCAGGCCUAGAGAACGUCCACCCCCCCCUGCCAAGCCUCCACCUGAUGAAGAGGAGGAUCAGCCUGUGGAGAAGAAGAUAGGCCGUGGUGCUUCCUGUGAGGCCUCUGUCGCACGAGGAAAGAGCAGGGGAAGUGGAGCUGAGGAAGAGGAACACCCUUACGAGCUAUUGCUUACAGCAGAAACUAAAAAGCCAGUUGCGGUGGAUAGGAAAACAAAAGACCACAGGAGGAGCAGUGGCAGCAGCAGCCAGGACUCUGCCGACGGCCAGGACAUCCAGGUUCCAGAGCAGUUUUCAGGGCUGCUUCACGGUUCUUCCCCAAUCUGUGAGAUAAGUGAAGACCCUUUCAGGCUUGUUUCCUCCACGGAGAAAGGAGGCACGGAAGCUACAAGCCACCCACCUGCUAUGCAGCUGGAGGAUGCUGACUUACCCGCCUCUGGAUCAGUACGGACCAGCUCUCCGGACCAAAACCAGAAAGUGGUCUACGCAACCAUCCAGCACGCGCAUGUCAACCGGGCGGAUCCUGAAACUGUAGUCACGCCCCACGUACUACAGCACCCCGGCGGUGCUGAGGAAGAGGGGGACAGAGCUGUGGGCAGAGCCCACCCAGGGAGCAAGCCCAAAGCCGAGCUUAAACUCAGCCGCAGCUUGUCCAAAUCGGACUCUGAUCUUCUGACCUGCUCUCCGACAGAGGACGAUGCCAUGGGGAGCCGGAGUGAAUCGCUCUCGAACUGCAGCACUGGGAAGAAGAGGCUGGAGAAGUCCCCGUCCUUUGCUUCGGAGUGGGAUGAGAUUGAGAAAAUCAUGAGUUCCAUCGGCGAAGGCAUUGACUUUUCUCAGGAGCAGCAGAGGAUCUCAGGUUCGCGGAUGCUGGAGCAGAGUGUCGGGGAGUGGCUGGAGUCCAUCGGCCUGCAGCAAUAUGAGAGUAAGCUGCUUUUGAACGGCUUUGAUGAUGUCCGCUUCCUGGGCUGUAAUGUCAUGGAAGACCAGGACCUUCGGGACAUCGGGAUCAGUGACCCGCAGCACCGUCGGAAGCUCCUCCAGGCUGCUCGCUCCCUCCCAAAGUUGAAACCCCUGGGCUGUGAUGGGAACAGCCAGCCUUCGGUUCCCGCAUGGCUCGACUCCUUGGGGCUGCAGGAUUACAUUCAGUCGUUCCUCUCGAGCGGCUACAGCUCUAUUGACACUGUGAAAAACCUCUGGGAGCUUGAAAUAGUCAACGUGUUGAAAGUGAAUCUGCUUUUGAUCAUCGCCUCCCUGGCAGACAGACCGUACGAGGAGCCACCAGCAAAGCCGCCGCGGUUCUCACAGCUGAGAUGCCAGGACUUGAUCUCCCAGACGUCGUCGCCCCUGAGCCAGAACGACUCCUGCACGGGCAGAUCUGCCGAUCUCUUGCUGCCCUCCGGGGACACUGGGAAGAGGCAACACGACCGUGGCACCGAGGUUGCUCCCUACUCCAGAGCUGAGCGCUACAAAGCACAGGAGGACCGUCGGGAGUCAAAGCUGACCCUGCGCCCGCCCAGCCUGGCUGCACCAUACGCCCCAGUCCAAAACUGGCAGCACCAGCCGGAGAAGCUCAUCUUCGAGUCCUGCGGGUACGAGGCCAACUACUUGGGCUCCAUGCUGAUCAAAGACCUCCGAGGGACAGAGUCUACGCAGGACGCCUGUGCCAAGAUGAGGAAAUCCACAGAGCAUAUGAAGAAGAUCCCGACCAUAAUACUGUCCAUCACGUACAAAGGGGUGAAGUUCAUCGAUGCCUCUAACAAGAAUGUCAUUGCUGAGCAUGAGAUCCGGAACAUCUCCUGCGCUGCUCAGGACCCCGAGGAUCUCUGCACGUUCGCCUACAUCACCAAGGACCUGCAGACCAGCCACCACUACUGCCACGUCUUCAGCACCGUGGAUGUGAACCUGACGUACGAGAUCAUCCUCACGUUGGGGCAGGCGUUCGAGGUCGCCUACCAGCUGGCGCUCCAAGCCCAGAGAGCGAAGCCUUUGGGUGCCGCAGCAGGAGAAAUGAUCGAAACAAAAUCUUCCAAACCGGUGCCUAAACCGCGAGCCGGCAUGAGGAAAUCUGCACUGGAGCCCCCUGAAGUGGACCAAGACUCCCAGUCUCAUGCCAGUGUCUCCUGGGUCGUGGACCCCAAACAGGACUCCAAGCGGACCCUCAGCACUAAGUAUGAGACCACUAUCUUCUAAAGCAAACACACCCCGUGUCCACCUAGUCUAACCGUGCCUUUGCGAUCUGAUCUGUCUGCUGUUCUAAACUCCCUCUUCCUCCAGCUGCUCGCACUGAGCCCCGCGUAGGCACUACGUCAAAGGCAGCAGCACUUAGGAGACUGUAGACUUAAACAGCUUUUGUACCUGAUCACUACUGAACACUGUGAAUUCUCCUUACUCGGAAACAAGGGUAACACGCUGUUAGAUAUCCGUGAGGUGGGAGGUGCAGAGCGAUGCAGGCUGGGGGAAGCGGAGAUGUGGAUCCAGGAAGCCGCCUGCCGUUUUCACGUCUUGCCCCUCGCUCUGGCACUGUGAAUCCCUGGGGCAACGUGACACCCCCCAGGCCUUUUUUUUCUAUUUCACCUUCUUAUCCUUGGACUGAUGGAGACCUCUUGUCUCUGCGGUGCACGCACCCCCUCCUCCUAGAUCCUCUCCUUCCCGACUGAGCCACGGCUGCGUACUGUUCCAGUGAACUCACCCCUCUUUUUACCUGCCAUCCGAAUCGACACUAACCACUGUGAUGCUGUCUGCAAAUAACACGCGUUCACUAGAUUUCCUCACGGGGACCCUUGCCCGCAAUCUCUCCUCUCGAAGCCUGGAGCAGAAAACCUGCUCCGAUGGGAGCACUGGUUUGGGCCGGGUCUGAUGGUUCCUACUGUGAGUUUGUCCCCUCUCGGAGAUAGGCCUGGGUUUGGCUGCAUGCAUUUCAGUCCCGUGUAGGAUUUUCACCCCCCUGUAGUCCUUCUGUUUACACUCACCAAACUUCCCGUGAGCUAUGGCCGUAGUUCUCACCUGGCAGAUUGUAAAGAGGUUGAGCUUUUAAAGGCACAUGUUGUUAGCCCCGUGUUGGGAGAGAAAGGUGUUAGAGAGGGGCUGGAUACCAUCAGAGGUCUGAUAAAGCAGGCGGAGCUCUGCUGCAUUCAGCAGGCUCACUACGGUUGUGCUAAAGGGAGAAAUGUGAUUGAAAUCAGUCUGCUGCCGAUCCCAAAGCUUGUUUUUAGUCGACAAACCAUUGCACGGUGAGGGCUAUAGGGAUCUUGAAACAUCUGGCACCUUCCAUCCUUGAGAGCGAGGAUUUCGGUUAGAGACAGCCCUGCGUCAGCGGGCACCUCUGCCUUUUCUGGCUGUUUCUCAAGCGUGCGUGUUUUUCCUCUGGGAAAACGUCCCCAUUUCCGUGUAACUCAGUAGAAGCAGCUUUUCAUUCCAGAAUAUGACUGGGAAUCGUUUGCAUGAGACCACAGGGCGCUUGGCACAGGUCAGAGCGGAGCUGGGACAGGUCUGGGAAAUGCUAUACAGCGGCUCAUGACCCCGUGAAAGCCCCAGCCCCAGCCAUCCACGGUCCUACCCCUGGUUCCUUCACUUGCAUUUGCAAAGCUCACCGAGAUGAAACUGAGGAGGAGGAGGAUCUGAUGAAUAACAGCCCUGGCAGGCAGGACUCCUGCCCCGGUGCUGCUUCUCCCCGACUUGCUGUGCGUCCAAGCAGCUUUGCCUCUUUACCUCAGUUUCCCCACGUACGGGAUGGGGACGUACUUACCUACCUCUCGGGGGCGUGGGGCUCGCUCCGUUUUGCAGAGCAGUUUUAAGACCCUUUAGUGAAAGGCGCUGUGACUUCCACACCGUGGCAGCAAACCCCCGACGCUCUCCUGACGGGUGAAGUACUUCACUCGCACGGACGGCCUCGUAGCAAAGCUGCGUCUUGGAGCCCCCCCGGCCCCUCGCAGGCAGCGGCCGUGCGCCUUUCCCAGCAGAGGGCUGAGCAGAUGGGGCAGCGGGAGAGGGGCUGCAGCCGUCCGGUAGCUGGGCUGCACAAAGCUCGCUGCUCUGCGCCUUGAUGCGAGCGUCUGAACUCACCGUGGGGUUUGCAUCUUGGCAAAAUCCCCUCGCAGCCCGGUUUUGGAGAGCCGGUGGUGACAGUGGGUCUGCGUUAGAGCUGAGAAGGGGUGGACAGCAGCUACCUGCUCUCCUCGGCCCGAGGUGUCCGGGUGGACAUUUGAGAUGUAAACAGGGAAGAGGAUGCACUCGGAUCUCCAGUAAAGCUCCAUUUCCAAAAUAACUUUUAGAAUUUACCCCAAAUUUCCUUUUGCAAUCACCAGUUGGCAUCAGCAGGGAGCGGUCGGAACAGCAGCCCCAGGUUAUUUGUACACCUGGUAUUUAGGGGCUAGAACAAGCUUGGCUGAGUUUUGCCAGGGCUUUAGAGCUGACAGCUUCUGUUUCCCCAGACCUGGGGUGAAAUCUGAUGUUUCAAAAUCUUUAUUUAGCUCUUUCUCAGGAACGGGUUCCAUCUCCCAAGUCCUUUGUGGCACCGAGUGGCAAACUGACUUCAAAAUAAGGGCCAGGCUAGCGAGAACCCAAGAGAGAGGACUAAAAGGGUUGUCUAAAAGAAGAAAAAAAAAAAGGAAAGCUCCGUCUAGUGCAUACAUUUCAUAUGCCAUGGAGCCCCUUAAGACAGAGCCAGCGCCCCUCUGCCUGAAGCCCCCCGAAGCAGAGGUCGCGCUGCAGUUGCCCGAAGGGCUGCAGUGCCGUCCUGUUAGCCCGGGCACUGCGGGAAGCGGAGUCUUGCUGUGCCUGAAGUGCUCAAAAAGAGGUUGGGUUUGGGGUUGAGCAGCAGCUUCCCAAGCUGUAAGAGUGCCCUGAGGGUCUCUAUAUCCUUCAAAGAGAGAGGGAAUUAAUGAGAGGGACGGUAGCACAGUUUCUACGUGUAAGCAUUUACCGUGCAGUUGCCCACACAUACGCCAGAUUUUGGAGGGUCUGAGCUCUUGCGUCUCCCCCUGCCUUCAGCUGGGAAGGGCGGGUUCCUCAGCACCUCCUAAAACCGGGCCACUAGAGCAUGUGCCUUUCUAAGGGUGACCGUCCACCCCCAGCUGGGGUCACAGGCAGCCCUGCCUAAACGACAAAGCGUCCGCUGUGUCCCCCUAACCCUCACGGUUGUGUCCCAUCUCCUGGCUGUACGCCUCGUUCUCUCCCAGCGCUGUUUUUGUAUGACUCGGAAAUCAUUCAUUCCAUUAUCUUCCUUUCUGUUUGCCUCUGAAAAGCUGAUCUCCGGGCAGCUGUCUCCUACCACGGAAAUGUAGUAACGGGGCAGAGACCUAAGAAGCAGUGGCCCGCUGACACGAAGAUCAUCUCCAUCUGGCACUGGUGUCUGCCUCGGAGUGGGUGCAUUGGCUGCUCCAAAAAGUGAGGGCUCCCAAAGCAGAGGGGGGAAAGGGAUCCCAGCCACCAGCUGAGAAAAGCAGCUCUCUCCAUUUCUAGCAAAGGAAAGUUGAGACUUCCGAGGCCGGGAGCGAUGUCACCUUUUCUAGUUUGAGACAAACAUCUUUCGACCCGUUUCUUUUUGGUUUUUUUUGUUUUUUUUUUCUUAACGUGCGAAAUGAUGCAGAGCAAAUCCAGCUCACGGUUUCAAUGUAGCACUGCAUUUUUUUGGUGAGGAAAAAAAAAAAACCCAACCAACAUAUAUCCUUAUUUACUGAAAAUCCACGCAGUCCGGCAAGGAGUACAAUAGAAAGUCUUAGCAGUGGGAGUGGUGUGCGCAUCUCUAACGGUACUUAAAUUUGCUUCAAUUCUGGGUGAACAGUAGAGAACGCCAAAUUCUUGGAAAUAACUUCCUCCAGCGUGAGAAGCCUUGCAGGGUAAGGCUGCAGCCGUUGAUUUCAAAGCUACUCCACGCGCUUUUAUAGCAAAUGGAAAUAAGGAAAAAUAAAAAGAGUCUGCAAAGGAUCUUUCACCCCAGAGUGGUUGUGGCCAAGUAUUACCGAAGGUACAAAGCUUGCUUCCCCUACAGAGAACUGUUGCGUUGCAAUACUUGACGUUUCUAUGGCAAAGACACAAUUUCGUCCCAUUUACGCACUGACUACCUGGAGACGACUCCCUUCUCCAGCCUCUUGUGCACCUGUCUUGUUUUUAAAUGCAGUUAUGCCCUGAAGGGUUGGGGUUGGUUGUUUGGUUUGUUUUUUUUUUUUUUUUAAAGUAUAUUCAAUUGUGAUUUAGCACUUUUUUGAUACUAGCUCGUUAUUUAAUGAGUGCAACAGUUUCAGAAGAUGAACAAAUAAGGAGUUAAAUUGUGGGCAUUACACCGAAACAGUUCCUACCCGAGGAUAAAUCAUAUCCACCCGAGGGUGGCUUGGCCCCCACCUAAGCCCGGUAUCCCCAAAUACCACCAUCUCGAAGGUGCUGCGUGCUUUUCUUUCGAAUUACCAGAGUAUUUAACAGUGAUUUAAUUUGGCUGUGACUGAUGUGUUUUCACAGUCCUGUUCCCCUCAAGGAAGAGACGUUCAGAUGGUUGUGACUUUAAUUCUUCAGACGCAAAAAUGUAGCGCAGCGCGUUUGUUGUAAUCUCGACAGGCGCUGGAAUGGUUGGGGGUGUGGGACCCUGCUGCUUUACUAGAAUGAUAUGCCCGAAUCAUUUCUGUUUAACUCCGGUUGCUGCUGUACGUCAGGAUUUCAUUUGGUCUCUCCAGCCAGUGAGGCUGGGAGAGAAAUGAACCGUAAUCCCAAGGGCAUAGACCUGUAAAUUAUUAGGAGGGGGAAGUGGAGUUUGGGUUUGGUUUUUUUUUUUUUUUUAAGUUGAUGAAUUUAGGAAACCUAACAUUCCUUGUUAUGCAUAUGUUGCAAUUCAUGCUGGUGUAAGUGUAAAUAUUUGGUGUGUUGGCAACAAGUCUUUUUGGAGAGAUUGCAAAUUGAACCUCUGCUUGGGAGGAGGGACACCUUUCUUUUUUUUUUGAUGCAUGGAGCUUUUUGAAGGUUGGCUUGGAGGUGAUGUGGUGAUGAAGACUCCAAUCUUCAGGGGACUGGGCUCGGUGACCCUGGUGGUCCUUUCCAGUCCUGCGUGUAAUCCUAUGGUUGUCUUUAGUGAUCCAACAGUUCUUUAGCCAGAUGCUCUCUUUCUCACUCCAUAGACAAAGCAAUUGUUUUGGCAGUGCGUCUCCCCUUUUCUUUCCAUGGGUCUUCUCAAGGUACUUGCAUGCUGGAGGCUGAUCCUGGACCAUGCCAGCUACUGACUCCCAGAAAUCUGCGAACCAUCCAUUGCACAGUAUUCCGGCUCUUCCUCCCUGUGAGGUUUUGCAGGAUCUGGAGGAAAGUGCCCUCAAUUUCUGGUGCUGAAUAGGACUUUGAGUCAAAACGCAUCUGCUGGGUUACCUGCCUGGGAAAAGGUGGUGCUGCCCUGGGCCUUGCUCCCCUUUUUAAGGACAGAUUGUAUUUUACAGACAUUGGUUUAUGGCAUGAGUCCGGGCUGAGAACUCUAGACAGGUAAACUAAUGUGCAGAGUUGUCUUUUUUUUUUUU